UCUGAUGUUCUGGACGGACUGGGGAGACCGAGCAGCUGGUGUUUAUAGGAGCUACAUGGACGGAACAAAUGUGUCCUGCAUCAUCUCAGAAGGUGUCCGUUGGCCCAACGGUAUCACAACUGAUGACCACUGGCUGUACUGGACCGAAGCUUUCAGUGACCGCAUCGAGAAAGCUGACUUCACAGGGGGCCAGAGGAGAGUUCUCGUUGAGGGUCUGCCCCAUCCCUACGCCAUCGCUGUCUUCAAGAAUGACUUGUACUGGGAUGACUGGUCAAAAAUGGGAAUUUUCAAAGCUUCAAAGGCUGGAUCUCAAUCUCAAAGCAACGAGCUGAUUGUUGGCAGACUAACUGGGGUCAUGGACCUGAAGAUCUUCUACAAGGGGAGGAACAGAGGACAUAACGCCUGUGCUGACCAGCCAUGCCGCCUGCUAUGCCUUCCUCAGCCUAACCACAGGUAUACCUGUGUUUGUCCAGAUGGUAUCCCAAUGAUAACCAUGCCUGAUGGAGAGCUGACAUGCCAGUGUCCCUCUGGCUACCAGCUUCAAAACAAAACGUGUAUCAAGAACGAUUACAGCUGUUUGCUCAACCAGUACCGCUGCUCCAACGGUCGUUGCAUCAGUAGCAUCUGGAAGUGCGACAGCGACAACGACUGUGGAGACAUGAUGGACUGA